AAAGUAUGACAAAUAAAAUUCUUUUAAUACAUCUACGCUUUUUUACACAUCCAUAAAAUGAAACAACACAAGAAAGACAUUCCUUUCUCUUUUCUAUGCAUUUUUCGCCCCUUUCAUUUUUCUUUUUCUUUUGAAUGCCAAACGAUAGAUUUAUCAAAUCAUCUUCACCCAAGAAGCGAGUAACACCUUUUGUCGUAAAGAGAAAACAAAUCAAUUUCAAUUUAUUGGAUACAACAAGUCCUCAAAUACCCUCUUCUGAAUCCAGACACAUUUAUGAACAGCUAUUAAAAGAUAAAGAUGAGAAAAUUAAAGCUUUGAAGAAUCAGGUAGAAUCACUUCAUAAAGAACUACAACAGACAAGACACCAAUGCAGGCUAUUAGAGAAUGAAAGAAGUGAUUAUGAAUCAUCCAUUGAUGAAAAAUAUGCAAAGGAAAAGAUACAGGUGGAGACAGAACUGAGAAUACUAAAGGAGACACAUGUUGAGAAAGUACAAAAUUUAUCAACCAAUCUUAACCACCUCACCUGUACAGUCCAUUCUCUAAGGAAACUAUUGGAACAGCACAAUAUCAAAGAAGAAAUCAAAGAGAAUGAUAUCCUCUUGGUCAAUCCUAUUUACAAAAAGGACGCACUCUUCAUUCAAGAUGCAUAUCAGCAGAUAAAACAAGAGAUGUCGAAUCAACAACACCCAAUGUGGUCUAAUAUUCAAGUAUAUAUACAUAUACAAUAUAUAAGCCGUACCAUGUAACUUUUUUUUAUUAGGCAACUGCUAUGGCUAUCAAGCAUGAAAUUGAUGUUUUUCAAGCUUGGAAAUCCACAUGCAAUCUGCCCGUGCAUGAAUUGGCCAAGGCUAUAUUGAAAGAGCAGAAAUCAAAAAAGACCUUAUUUGGUAGGAGAAAAUGAUAUUUAUAAAAAAGUCGCAGUUUUAAA